UACGCACAUAAUCGCAACUGGAGCGAUAUCAAGCUGUCCGGUGUCGGCAUCGCAACUGAGGAAAGUUUUACCGCCAUUUGUCCCGAAGACUGCGACCGAAAGCACGAUGAUGAAGAUCUAGUGACGACACUCUGCAGUGCUAACCUGAAUACUCUUUCCAUAUCAGGUCUACAACCUUCAGAGUUCACCGGUUGCCAUCCAUUCCGCCUGCUGGAACCUGUUGACAAAUCCGUUUCCGCCCGACCUAGGGCUUCUUUUCUAUACCUGUCUCUCCAUACUAGGGUCGCGAUUAUCAAAGCGCUGCCUUUUAUUCAAAGGGGCCCGUUCCUGAGACUGAGUGCUAUGAUCCGGGCAAAUUGGCUCUUCAUCAUCAUCAGCUUACCAUCGACGGAUGUAAAACAUCUUCGGGAAGCGUCAUGCACAUUCGCUACGAUCGACCUUCCGGAAGUGUUCUGGGUAUCUCCUCUUGGCAAGGGCCAUGGGUUUUAUUACGUCUUUGAAUUUUUGGCAAAUCAUCCCAAAUCUUGGAGGGCAUUUUACAUGAUGCUCCGAAUGCUGGAUCUGUCAGUCCCGGCCCUUCAAAACCGACGACGCGUC